AUGUACUAUCUCAUUCUUGUCUUUAUAUUACAGUACCUGGCACAGUUCUAUGAAUAUAGUGAUAUCUGUGACUCCAAUCCAUGUGAAAAUGGAGGAAUUUGUUUGACAGGAUUGGCUGAUGAAUCCUUUUCCUGUGAGUGCCCAGAUGGUUUCACAGAUCCCAAUUGCUCUAGUGUUGUGGAGGUUGCGUCAGAUGAAGAAGAGCCAACCUCAGCAGGACCUUGUCUUCCUAACCCAUGCCAUAAUGGGGGAACAUGUGAAAUCAGUGAAGCUUACCGAGGAGAUACCUUCAUAGGAUAUGUAUGUAAAUGUCCUAGAGGAUUUAAUGGGAUCCACUGUCAGCACAAUAUAAAUGAAUGUGAAUCAGAGCCCUGUAAGAAUGGAGGGAUCUGUACUGAUCUUGUUGCCAACUAUUCUUGUGAGUGCCCUGGUGAAUUUAUGGGAAGAAAUUGCCAGUACAAAUGUUCUGGCCCCUUGGGAAUUGAAGGAGGGAUCAUAUCCAACCAGCAAAUCACAGCUUCAUCUACCCAUCGAGCACUUUUUGGGCUGCAAAAAUGGUAUCCCUACUAUGCACGACUUAACAAGAAGGGACUCGUAAAUGCUUGGACUGCUGCUGAAAAUGACAGGUGGCCAUGGAUUCAGAUAAAUUUGCAAAGGAAGAUGAGAGUCACUGGAGUUAUUACUCAAGGAGCUAAGAGGAUUGGAAGCCCAGAAUAUAUAAAAUCCUACAAAAUUGCAUAUAGUAAUGAUGGAAAAAGUUGGGCAAUGUAUAAAGUAAAAGGAAGCAAUGAAGACAUGGUGUUCCGUGGAAAUGUGGACAACAAUACACCCUAUGCCAACUCUUUUACUCCCCCAAUAAAAUCUCAGUAUGUCCGACUCUAUCCCCAAGUGUGUCGGAGGCACUGUACUUUGAGGAUGGAACUUCUUGGUUGUGAACUAUCUGGUUGUUCUGAGCCUCUGGGAAUGAAAUCAGGACAUAUACAAGACUACCAAAUAACUGCUUCCAGCAUUUUCAGAACUCUUAACAUGGAUAUGUUCACUUGGGAACCCAGGAAAGCCCGGCUAGAUAAACAGGGAAAAGUCAAUGCGUGGACAUCAGGCCACAGUGACCAGUCACAAUGGCUGCAGGUGGACCUUCUAGUACCUACCAAAGUGACUGGCAUCAUUACCCAAGGAGCUAAAGAUUUUGGUCAUGUACAAUUUGUAGGUUCCUAUAAGUUGGCAUAUAGCAAUGAUGGAGAACAUUGGACUAUAUACCAAGAUGAAAAACAAAGAAAAGAUAAGGUUUUCCAGGGAAAUUUUGACAAUGACACACACCGAAAAAACGUCAUUGACCCUCCCAUCUAUGCACGGCACAUAAGGAUCCUUCCUUGGUCGUGGUAUGGCAGGAUCACCUUGCGGUCAGAGCUGUUGGGCUGUACCGAGGAGGACUAA